AUGGCUAACCCAGCUCUAAAGUCGUUGUCUGGAAAAGUUCUGACAGUUACUGGACCCCUUGACCCUGAGGAGCUUGGCAGAACCUUGACUCAUGAACAUCUUUCUAUGAACUACUCAUACUUUUACCAAGAGACAGAGAAUACAGUGAAAGCAAAUGAACCAAUAACCUUAACUAACCUUGGAUGGGUUCGGCAUAAUGAAUAUUCCAGUAAAUUUAAUUUGAGGCUGUGUGAUGACAAUGAGGCAGUCGUUAAUGACUUGAAAAGCUUCAAGAAACACGGUGGUUCAUCAUUGGUUGAAUGCACAACCCUUGGAAUUACUCGUGAUGUGCGUAAAUUGAAGCAGUAUUCAGAAGCAACUGGAGUGAACGUCGUAUCCGGAACUGGAUUUUAUCUUGCUGGUGAUUAUUCAUCGCAGCGAGCAGAAUUUGAUAUCAUACAUCGUUUACAGUCCCAAUCUGAAGAAGAGAUUUGCAAGAUGUUGAUGAAUGAUAUUUUAGAAGGUGCCGAUGGCAGUGACAUCAGGUGUGGUGUGAUUGGUGAAGUUGCUAGCUCCUAUCCUAUACCAGAUGUUGAAAAGAAAGUUCUGCGAGCAACAGCAGCAGCUCAGAAUGAAUUGGGAUGCCCAGUUAUACUUCAUCCGGAAGAUUAUCCAGAUGCACCGUAUGAGAUUAUGAGGGUGUUCCAGGAAGCGGGAGGUGACUCCAAAAAUACUGUGAUGUCACAUCUAGAUUAUUGCUUCUUUAAACCAGAGGAAUUUGUUGAAUUUUCCAAACUUGGAACUUUCAUGGAAUUAGAUUUUUUCGGUUGUGAAACCUCAUACUGGCAAUUCAAUGAUAUUGACUUCCUGACUGAUGCGCAACGAAUACAAUUAGUAAAAGCAUUAGUAGAGGAAGGAUACGAAGACAGGAUUGUCAUUGCACAUGAUAUACAUACAAGACACAGACUGGUUGAGUAUGGUGGUCAUGGUUACGCGCACAUACUUGUCAAUGUCCUUCCAAAAAUGUUAAAAAGAGGAAUAUCUCAAGAAGUGAUUGAUAAAAUCACUGUCACAAAUCCAAGACGAUGGCUGACAUUCAAAUGA